AGCGGGUCCCUACUCCACACUCCUUACGAGAAGAGGGUAGCAGACAAAACAAAUGAGUAGCUAAAGUCGCCGUAUAUUAAUAUGUAAAUAAAACACUGGAUCAGCUUAUUUUGUACCGGCAAUCAAAUACUAUACAGCUAACACCAACUUUGUUCACUCUGUUUUCUUGUAUUUGACAAUCCCGAGAAAAGAAAGAGCUGGAAUAAGCCUCCACCCAAUUUAGGAAUCACCUUGUGUAGAUAGGCAUGCUUCAGAUUUGUAUGCCAGGUUUAGGAUUUAAUUUCCAAUGGGGUUAGGCUGUUUGGUCAGAUCAGAAGAUGAGUUAGUCUCGGUAUGCAAAAUGUGGUCGGGGACUGCCCUGGUAAAUCAAGGGGGAUUAAUGAAUAAUAAGGUAAUUAAUUGUGGAAGCUAUCAAGUAUUAGGAAUCGUGUUCGUGUUUUGAACGAGGAAAUGGGAUCAGAGGGGCCAAAAUCUGUGACAAUUCAUGUGACGGGGUUCAAGAAAUUUCACGGUGUUGCUCAGAAUCCUACAGAGACAACAGUUAAUAGCUUGAAAGAUUUUGUUAAAAAGAGAGGAUUACCUGCUGGUGUGACCUUGGGUAGCUGUACUGUUCUUGAAACUGCUGGAGAGGGUGGACUUCCGACAUUGUUGAAGGUCAUAGAGUCAGAGUCCUCUUCAGAAAACAGUUCAAAUAAUGGACAAGUCAUAUGGCUUCACCUUGGAGUAAACAGUGGAUCAACGAAGUUUGCAAUUGAGAGUCUGGCAGUGAAUGAAGCCACAUUUCGUUGUGCAGAUGAGCUUGGUUGGCAACCUCAGCGAUUGCCUAUUGUUCCAGAGGAUGGAGGAAUAAAUCAAGCAAGAAAGACAUCUUGCUCUGCCGAGGGAAUCCUGGAAUUCUUAAAGAAGAAAGGCUUUGAAGUAACAAUGUCUGACGAUGCAGGCCGUUUUGUGUGCAAUUAUGUAUAUUACCAUUCUCUCCGGUUUGCAGAGAAAAAAGGUCACAAGUCUAUCUUUGUCCAUGUUCCUACCUUUAACAGAGUGAACCAGGAAACACAAAUGGAAUUUGUAGUUGCUCUUCUGGAGGCUAUUGCAUCAACUUGUUGAUAUCAUCCCCGGCGGCUGUUUUAUGUAUUCUGGUUGACCUGUAAAUAGAGACUUUGAUGUGCAAUGAAUUUCAGUUAUUUGGACUUGCAUGUUUCCAUUGAAAUUCUUGGUUUGUGAAAGAGCUUUCUGUUAAUUUAUUAUUGAAAUUCUUGGUUUGUGAUUACUGUUGUUGACACACUUGACUAUGAUGAUGGAAGUCAUUUCAAUUUCCUUUA